AAAAUUUAUUUAAUAUGUAUAAAAUACUUAUAUUUUUACUAUUUUAUACAUUAUUUUUUAUACUUACUGAAAUAGAAUGCAGAGAUAAUCAUGAAAUAAAUCUUAAUUGUUGGCCCGUUAAACUAAAAUAUAAAUCAUUUGAUAUCAAUAUUACAUUAUCCACAAGAACCAGGAUCGAUCAGGUAAUUGGUUCGAACACUUCCUUCUCACCUUUGAAUAUCGGUUUUGAUCCAAAACGUAAAACUAUAGUAAUUACACAUGGAUUAGCUAUUUCCAAUGAACACAUAAACGAACUUGAAGAUUUAAGAGAUGCACUUCUCAAAUGGGAUGAUGUAAAUGUUGUUUCCAUGGAUUGGUACAAAGGAUGUUCAAAUGCUUUACUAUAUUUUCAAGCUGUUGUUAAUACAAAAUAUGCUGCUUAUACACUGAAAGAUGUUUUAAGUUACACCAUAAAAUUGUGGAAAGAAGAAAACAAAUUUAAUGAUGAUUGGGUACCGCAGCUACACUUAGUAGGUUUUAGUCUCGGUGCCCAUGUAGUUGGCCAGACAGCUGAAUUAUUAAAAAUCGAAGACAACUUAUUAGUCAACCGUAUCACUGGUCUUGAUCCAGCUGGGCCUUGUUUUAAUCCAACAAACUUUAAACUGCGUUUGUCAAGCAAUAAUGCUCAUUUCGUUGACGUUAUUCACACAGAUGGUGCACUAUCUCAGAAUGAAGCAUUCGGCCUUUAUGAUCCUAUCGGACAUGCUGAUUUUUACGUAAACGGAGGAAGAAAACAACCAGGAUGCGGUUUCUUAGCGUCCCAAAAAUCAGUUCCCUCAUUAUUAAAACUGCUCGUACAUGCAAUGGAAAAUGGUAUAUGCAGUCAUAGACGCGGAUUUAAGAUUUUUCUGGAAUCUGUAAUUCAAGCUAUUUCAAAAAACUGCAAAUUUUCUGCAUAUCCAUGGAUUUUAAGAAGUCCUUUUAGAAUUCAUAUUAAAAAAAAUGAUAAGAAUUGGCCAGAAAUGGGAAUAAAUGCUGAUCUUUAUAAUUACAAGGUGUCAUCUACCUUUUACGUCCCUACUACUAGUAAAUCGCCUUUUUGUAAUAUACAAUCAGAUAAUUAAACUUUGAAUUUAAUAAAUAAUUACAAAUUUGGUUUAUUUUUAGUAAAAAUUGUUAAGUUUCCUACCAAACAUAAUUGUUACUUUAAAAUGGCUUAUUUAUAAUUU